GGUUUAGUAAAUUCACCGUUUGACCGUGUCAGCGUGUCUAAUGUCGAUUAAAAGUUGUGGUUAUUUUUUUAUCGCGAUCGCUACUAAAACGCAAACGCAAAAUACUGGAAGACACGUCUUCCGUUUCACAGCCUCUCUCUCUCUCCAUACUCUUGUCCUCUCUUCAUAUCUCUCUCUAGAAAUUUCUCCAUGAACAUACUCAACAGGUUGGGUUUGGGAUCAACUGGGCAAAACAAUAUGGAUCCUUCUCCGAUCGCUCAGGGAAACGACGAUGACGCUCCGUCACCGGGGAAUCAGUUUGCUCAAUUCGGCGCUGGUUGCUUCUGGGGUGUUGAGCUGGCGUUUCAGAGAGUCCCAGGUGUGACUCAGACCGAGGUUGGAUAUACACAAGGGAUCGUAGACAAUCCUUCAUACGAAGAUGUUUGUUCAGGAACCACGAGCCAUGCGGAGGUUGUUAGGGUUCAAUAUGAUCUCAACGAUUGCAGCUAUGAGUCUCUGCUUGAUUUGUUCUGGUCUAGGCAUGAUCCCACCACUUUGAAUCGCCAGGGAAAUGACGUGGGGACCCAAUACCGAUCCGGAAUAUACUUCUACACACCCGAGCAGGAGAAACUAGCCCGUGAGUCACUUGAACGUCACCAGCAACAAAUGGAAAGGAAGAUCAUGACUGAGAUCUUGCCAGCUAAGAAAUUCUACAGAGCUGAAGAGCAUCAUCAACAGUACCUGUCAAAGGGUGGGCGGUUCGGCCUCGGGCAAUCCACUGCCAAAGGCUGCAACGACCCAAUCCGCUGCUACGGCUAAAAAGCUCCUUUCCUCUUCUCCUCUCCCAAAACAGAGGAUUUAGCACCUAAGGACUUGUGUGCAAUAUAUUGUGUAAAACUGCCGAAGUUGAUCACACGCUAUGUAACUACUUCUUUGGAAUUUGAUUUGCAAUGUUGUAAUAUUGAUGUUAUACUCUAUCAACCUAAACUAAAUAAUCAUUGCGAUCCUGAAUAGAUCUGUGAAACUCGUAGACU